AUGAAGUUGGCUCUUCACAGGAUCGCCGCUUCCACCAGCAGCAUGUUCACCACGGCGGUUCCCUACCUGGGCUCCAACGACGCCGUCUACGACGAGCCCGGCGCCGACCCGGGCCACGUGAAGAACGGGUUCCCCCUGGGGAAGGCUCAGCCCGCCUCCAUCAGCGGCGGCUUCCCGGGCCUGAAGGAGGCGCUCUACAGCUCGCCGGCUCCCGUACUCCCCGCCAACGUGACGGACUUCCUGCUGGGGAACUCCAGCUCCGUGGAGGGCGGCGGCGGCGGCGGCGCGCAGUGCGGCCAGGACCUGGUGGACAACAUGGAGUGCUUCAUGAUCCUGACGCCCGGCCAGCAGCUGGCCGUGGCCGUCCUGGCGCUCACCCUGGGGACCUUCACGGUGCUGGAGAACCUGAUGGUGCUGUGCGUGAUCCUGCACUCGCACGCCCUGCGCUCCCGGCCGUCCUACCACUUCAUCGGCAGCCUGGCGGUGGCCGACCUGAUCGGCAGCGUCAUCUUCGUGUACAGCUUCUUGGACUUCCACGUCCUGCACAGGAAGGACAGUCCCAACGUCUUCCUGUUCAAGCUGGCGGGCGUCAUCGCCUCCUUCACCGCGUCGGUCGGCAGCCUGUUCCUCACCGCCAUCGACCGCUACAUCUCCAUCCACAGGCCGCUGGCCUACAAGCAGAUCGUCACCAAGACCAGAGCCGUGCUGGCCUUCAGCGCGAUGUGGACCGUGUCCAUCGUCCUCUCGCUGCUGCCGCUGCUGGGCUGGAACUGCAAGCGCCUCAACUCCGUCUGCUCCGACAUCUUCCCGCUCAUCGACCGGACGUACCUGAUGGUCUGGAUCGGCAUGACCAGCGUCCUGCUGCUCUUCAUCGUCUACGCCUACAUGUUCAUCCUGUGGAAGUCGCACCACCACGCCGUGCGCAUGCUGAGCCGCACCUCCCAGAGGAGCGUGAUCGUCUACACCGCCGAGGGCGCCAAGGUGCAGACGGUGCGGCCCGAGCAGGCCCGCAUGGACCUCCGCCUGGCCAAGACCCUGGUGCUGAUCCUGGUGGCCCUCAUCAUCUGCUGGGGCCCGCUGCUCGCCAUCAUGGUGUACGACCUGUUCGGGAAGGUCGACGACUUCAUAAAGACGGUGUUCGCCUUCUGCAGCAUGCUCUGCCUGCUCAACUCCACCGUCAACCCCGUCAUCUACGCCAUGCGGAGCAAGGACCUGCGCAGGGCCUUCGCCAACAUCUGCCACGUGUGUGUGGGCGCCACGCCGACGCAGGACGGCGAUGCCGACUGGAACAUCAGGAGCGUGAGAGCCGCGGCGGUCCGGGCCAGAAAGGACGGCGGCGGCGGCGGCGGCAGGGGCAAGACCAGAAUCAAGGUGGCCCAGGUCACUGUGUCUGCAGGAACCGAUACCUCCACCGCCGAGGCCGUCUGA